AUCCAACGGUUCCAAAUGGAACUGUCGCCUUAUCUGGAGUGCUUGCCAUGGAGAGUCCGCAGCAGGCAGAGAGGAUCGCUUGCAGGGGCGUGCGUGAAGAGCAGGAGCUUCAGGAUCUGGGAAUUUCCUAGCGAUUUUGGAACACUGGCUGUGACGAUGGCGAAUACCGUGGCGUCGCCUGCUCUCUUGCCCUCCUUCGAAGGCUUGCGAGCUCAGAGUUCCUGCCAGAAGCCUGCCUCCUCGGCACCCACCACCAGCGCCAGCCCAACGCACCAACCCCUCUCGGUGGUGGCUGACAAGCGAGUGCAGAAGCGGCGACAGGUUAUCCUCACCGAGGAUGUGGAGUAUCUCGGCAAGUCUGGAGCUCUUCUUGCUGUGAAGACCGGCUACUUUCGCAAUUUUCUGUAUCCCACCGGGAAGGCGAAGCUGGCGACUCCGGAGAUUUUGAAGGCCAUACGGUUGGAGGAGGUGCGGAAGGAGGAGGAGAGGAAGGCCGUGAAGGCGGAAGCGGAGAGUGUGGCGAGGGUGCUGCAGAAUGCGGGGAUUUUGACGCUGCGGAGGAAGAGGGGAGGACAAGGGAAGCAGAUAUUUGGGUCGGUAACGUCGCAGGACAUUGUGGACAUCAUUAGGGCGAACACGAAGCAGGAGGUGGAUAAGAGGGACGUGACGGUUCCGGAGGUGCGAGAGAUUGGGCAGUACUCGGUGGAGAUAAGGUUGCACCCGGAGGUGAUAGCGCAGGUGAAGAUUAACGUGGUUGGGCAGUAAUGCGAAUCCUGAAUUCAAUUUGGUUACAUUCCUCCCUCGCUGCUUCUUCUUCUUUGCUUUAGCCUGCAUGUUACAGCAGGAGCUCUUCAGGCUGAUUAUGGGGUUUCCACAACCUGUAGCUCAGGAUAUUAUUUCUUGUAACUUUUAUCAACUCAGAUAUCAAGGCCAACGCUCGUUUUGUUCUAGUA